AUGGAUCAAAGUGACAUCCAGCAACAGGAGCAGGAGGAGGCGGAGAGGAAGGAGGCAGAGGAGAGGAAGGCGGCAGAGAGGGAGGAGGCGGAGCCUCUGAAUCAGCUCAUUUCUCUGGCUGACCAGAUGGUGGCGCUGGGAGUGUAUGAAGUGUAUCAGGACACGUAUGAGAAGCUGGCCUUCCGAUUACGAGGAAUGACUGCCCCGCCCUCCCUGGACAUGUUCGCUGACGAGGUGACUGAGGAGAAGCUGGAGAAGAAGGAAGAGUCCCUGGUUAUAGAUGAAGUUCUGUGGGAAUACAGAUGGGAGAACAAGGACAGUGCCGAGCUGUACGGACCCUUCACCAGCACACAGAUGCAGGAAUUGGUGGACCAGGGAUACUUCUCAGAUGGAGUCUACUGCCGGCGGAUCACCGGUGGGCAGUUCUACAACUCUCAUUGGAUAGACUUCGACCUGUAUGUGUGA